UAUCAGAUGGGCCGAGCGCCUAUUGCACUGUGCUGCUGCAGCACAAUUGGCUCAAAACCAAAGUGCCGCUAGCACUGCCUCCGAAACACCCCAGCUACAUAGCUUCUCCUACUAUUGGCCAUUUCGAAUCGACGUUCUAGUUUCCAAAAACUGAAUAAUUCACUCACUCUGUGGUCAAGGCUUUCUCCGUGUCACAGCGCUGCUAUACAUAAACGUCGAGCGUGGCAGAGCUGAGUGGGCAGAUUAACCCUCACUCUUCUACCCCUGUCUUGACUGUCCGUCACAUUUGCGCUAUGUCUCAAAAAAGGAAAUUAUCAUCUGCCUCAGAACAUCACCUCGCAAAACGACUGACGCCUGGGCCAUAUCCGCAACCACCGCGCACCUCGACUUCCUCGUUUCAAGUUCGUCCGGAUUACCUCCAGACGCCCCAAAGCCUCGUCAAUAUACCUCACGAUUGGCACGGUGGAUCAGCAGGAUCUCAUCCUGAGGUCCCGGGAAUGGCGCCCACCUUUGGAGGAUCUUCAGAUGUUUUCCGAAAUGGGAUAUUUCCCAAUGAACUUUCCGCCGCGCCCUACCCAUCUUGCGAUCAUCCACAGUUGCAUGCCCCGGCUUUGGAAUGCGCAUACACUACGCCCGAUCGUAUUGGUGAAUCAAGCGAAUCUCUCGCCAACUGGUCUUUCCAGACUACGCUCACCCAGCCGUUCCCCUCUCCCCUGGAACUGUCAUUAUACGACCCUUUUUCCCUUCACGGGAAUAGCAAGGGGGCGAGUGGAGACGUGGAAUCGUCUGUACCUCCGUUUUUAGAGCCAACACCAUCAUCGCCGGCCGGGAUACCUCUUCAAAAUCAUAGGACUAUGCUUCCGGGGCCAUCUUUCAGUUAUCCUCAGGCUUCAUCGCUUCAAGUGGCCCAGGUCAGUUCGUGGGCUCUCCAGACCCGCAGCACUAUUUGCCAUAACCAGUAUGGUGAAUCGGUGGGACCUUAUCGUGGGUCUGAAUUGGUUGCGCCCACGCCGCAAUCCCCUAGUAGCUCUCAGAAUCUGCCAUCUCAGAAAUGCACGGGUACGCGGUCCUGGUUGGACCCACGUUCUGGUCUAAAUUGUGUCAGCCAAUCAAGUACAUCUCUACUUGAACUCCCCGUUCCGCCUAUACCCACUCAGAUAUUCCUUCCUAAUGUGGAACUACCGCAACCGUCCCUUCCAGGGACCACCGAAGAUCCUUGUAUAACACACACCAUUUCAGCCUUCGAUGAUAAUAGUGCGGGAGCCUACACACAGCUGGAUGGCAUGGGCGUACCCCUUCCCUUCCUAUCAGAGCCAAUGCCACCAUCGUCAACCGCGGCGUCCUCCAGUGAUCCGCAGUUGUGCCCCUCGCUCUCACCACUCCAACCCCCCCAGAUCCAUCCUACUGGCUUGCAGACUAAUCAGGCAUAUGCCACUAUGUCUCAUGGCGGGUACGAUGGAAUGGUAGUAUCUUCCUUCGGACCUGGAACCGCGCCCCCUCUGGAAUCCGGAUCUUCCAGUACCUUUCGAUAUCUGAAGGGUUUGAUUCCAUUCCACAAACGCGUGACUGCGCUGCCUAGGAUAUCCAUCAGCGAUGUGCAGCGCCACACCGCACUUCAAGUCUCCGGGGCCAAUCCUACCAGUUCGCAGACACCCCAGACCCACGGCGAUGUUUGCCAUGAUUGGCAUGCCAAAUCAGCGGAAUCUUAUCUUGGCCCUCCCCGGGUUGCGCCCAAGUCGCAUCCUUCUGAUAGUUCUCGGAAUUUGCAUUCGCAGCAACGUAUGGGUGCGCCACCCUUAUGGGGGCCACAUUCUGAUCCCAAUUACACCAACCCAUCACGAACGUCUCUUUCCGAACGUUCUAUUUCCACUGCGCCCACCCAGUCAUCCCCCUGCAAUUCGGAACUAUCACUAUACCCCCCUUCCUUGUCAGGGACCGAUCGAGACCCUCGUGCAACACCCACCAUUUGGGCCUGCCAAGACAAUACUGCAAGAGCCCAGGAGCAGCUACAACAUGCAGGUAUAGACCUGCAUAUGCCCCCCUUAUCGGAGCCGAUGCUCUCGUCAUCAGCUGGCCCAGCUGUUGAUGGAAAGAAUACCACCAUCAACACCACCAAGCUCAUUCUUCAGAUCGCAACUCCCGCUCUCAAACUUUCCCCCAUUCCACUUCUCAGCAACAUACCGGAUUUGCUUCUGAUAUUGCUUCAAGUUUACGAGGUUUGGAGACGGUUUUUGCGACCGAUAAUGAGAUAUCACUCACAUUUGCUUUACUAAUCGUGUAGAACGUUAGCGGUAAUAGCAAAGCUCUCAAAGGGUUGGGCGAUGAAAUACAAAAUGCUUAUACUACCAUGCUGCGGCCGCUCCAGCUCUGGACGGAGCAAAUCCCUCCUGAAGUAAUUUUUCUAGUCAAGGAAUUUCACUCGUAUGUGCACGCCAUUCUACAAUGAUACAUUAAGGUCUCAAAUACUG